UAUUUCAGCUUUGCCAUCAGUUAUACUUACUAGUUAUUAUUUAUUCACUUGAGACACCUGCUUUUGUUACAGCUGUUUAUCUAUGAGAAAUAAUCUGCAAUCAACGCUUAAACCCCUUAAAAUCGCAGUGCGCAUGCGUGUGCCUAUGCACCUGUUCAGCAGUGACGCGCGCUCCCGACUACUCAGCGCGCCGCCGUGCGAAAUAUGGGGGCGCGCUCUUUAUGGCAGGUCUCGAAAGAGGGGGAGCAGCAGCGCACGAGCGCGCCGUCGUUGUCAGGGCCGGGGUACAGCAGGGAAAAACACAUACACACGCACGCACACCCCCGUCUCUCUCACACACGCACGUAGGGCAAAAAGAAAAGCGACGUUAACGGAGGCGAGACCGUACUAAUGCUGAAUAGCGGGAGGACAUAAGCAUGCGGCGUGGAGCAGGGGCUGCAGCAGACCUUUGUUUGUUUCCUGGAAACCCUGGAGCGCGAGGGAAUAAAAUGGAGUGGUAGGAGCUCUGAGGCGCGUCCACCUGCUGCUACAGGGGAGGCAGUCCGGGCUCGCGAGAGAGCGGAAACAUGGUGAGACCGCUUCAUUGAAGGGAGCCAAAAACAUAUGACAACAUUCCACACGCUUGACGGUCAAACGGAGUCUAAGGAGCGGGCGGGACGAGCGGCCCUGGCGUAACAGGAGGCUGGUCAGUGGUAAUUAUGUUAUUGAGAGAGAGAUUCAGUUGAGAUAUAUGGAUGUUCUACCAGAGUCACGAUUCUCAGGGGCAGAUCACAGCCCCUGCCCAGGAGAUACUAAUGAAAAUGAACCACAUGACCCGUUGGCAGAUGUGUCACAUGAUCUGAGGCGCUGUGAUGACAUCGAGCCUGCUGUGCUGUCCCUUCCCUCCCUCUGCGCCCAGAGUCAAACAAUUGAAGGGCCUCUUAGCCCAGCUGACUUACAUGAUGGGUCUGUCUCCAACACCACCUCUUUGUCCUCUCUCUCAUCAUUCUCCUCUCUAUCCUCCCUCUCAUCUCUAUCUUCUGUGCCCUGUUCCAAACCUGUAACACCCUGGUCUGUUGCGCAGACCUGUGAAAGGUCAUCUCUCUCUAACAUGGACUCCAGGGGUGGGGACUGCCUUAGCUGUCUGAUCCCAAAAAACCCAUCUGAACCGGAAUCCUGUGAGUCCGUGCUCAACUUUGCUAGUAUCAACUUGCAAUGCCUUGGCCCCACCCCCAGCACAGGUCGCUAUGGUGACCAGGUUCUUUCUGACCAGCUACUCAGUGGCCCCACCCAUCCAAGUGGAACCAGUGAUGGGGCUGAGGAGGGGAGGUCGACGCAGGAGAGCGAAUCGGAUGAGGACCCUGCAUCCAGGAGCAUAUAUGAAGGUCUUGGAGAGGAAUCGCAGGACUGGAGCUGUUUAGAGACUCUCAUCAGUGAGAGCCGUAUGGAGCUGUUGGACUUAUGCUCCCGCAGCGAACUUGCAGUUAAUCUGUUCUGUGAGGAAGAUGUGGAGAAUUACAUGUUUCAGGAGGAGGAGACAGCACUCAGUGCUGAUGUCUGCUCACUCAAGAUACGCUAUGAGUCCUAUCAGGAUGGAGUGGAGGAGAGGAGCGAGUCUGCCCUGCAGGAUGAAUCUCAGCUAGGCUUCUUUCCCAGCUUACCUUGCAGUAGAAAAGAGCCAAAAGAGAAACUAGACCAAUCAACUGAGAUUAAAACUGACGAUCAUGUGACCCCCAACAUUAGCCCAGACAAUAACUUUCUUUUUGAUCUCAGUAACUCGCCAGAUGAUUCUGGUGAAUUUAGUGAUGACAGCUCCUGCACGGGCUCCCCCGACCAUGGACUCUCACUUCGCCAUGGCCGCCUGUCCAGAGAAAACUCCAGCUCAUCCAGCCAACUAAGCUACCGCCUCCGGGCUAAGAGGAAGGUGGCCUACCGUGAAGAUUACCUGUAUGACGUAGACUCCAUAGAAAGUGAGAGGAAUGCAGAGAAACGUGACAAACAGCCUACAGGCCUCAAGAAAGAGCGUGAUGAUGACUGGUGUCCAAAGAAGAAACGACGGUCCAAUCGGAGGGAGCCUCCUGUCAUUAUAAAAUACAUCAUCAUAAACCGUUUUAAAGGCCAGAGGCACAUGAGAGUGAGGCUGGGACGAGUUGACCCAUCACCUGCUGCGGUCUGUCUGAGUCCAAAUGCCCUUCUGCACUUUGAGAGACUUGCACCAUUAAAAGCCUACUGGCAGAAAAGAGAGAAGGAACAAGAGGAGCAGAAUAGAUUGACAGCUACAGAAAGAAACAAACGUCUCAAUGGCUGUAAGAGACCAAGCGCUAUGCUCAAACGAAAGCACAGGAUGGCCAGACUUCGAAUCCAGCAGAUCCAUGCAGUAGAGAAUUCCCACCCAUGCCAAACUAUAGUCGUCUCCACCAACAAUCAGAAAAGCACAGAGGAACCAAAAGAGGAAAUUACCUCCACUAAAUACACUGCCAGGGCUAAAAGCAGAACGCAGGAGAGGGAGGAAAGAAGGAAGGCAGGUAAAACAGGGAAGAUAAAAAAAUUCAAAAGUGAAGCAAGGUUGAAAAAAGAGGCUGAAAGACAGGAAGUCCCUGAAGCCUCAGAGAUUGAGCAGUGCACCACAUGUUUACCAGAAAGCCUAAAUGACUCUUUGGAAGGUAAUGUUGUUUCAAAUGACAUCUCCAGUAGUGAUCCUGAAAAAUGCACUUUGACCCCAACUGCUCCAGGGACUGCUGGAAAUGCAGACCUCCUCCCAGGAGGAUACCUACAGACACUUCUGGAAACUUCGGAGUUAUCCAACAAUGGUAACAUUACAUAUUUCCAUUCAGGGCUGCAGAAUGCCACAGUACAGACCAUUCAGACUUGUGUCCUCUCUCCCCCCUCUGAAUCUGAGCGACCGCACUCUCCUCCACCUGUGCAUGGGCCACACCACACUCAGUAUGCUGAGCCCAACCUUAAUGAACCAAGCCAACCCAUUUCAUGGCCAUCCCAGCCAUCUGCUGAACAGCUACCCUUCUCCCCUGACAUCCCAACGCAGUCUCCUGUGAUGCCAUCAGGCUUUCCCACACUGCUACCUGUGUUAGCAGAAGAUGGCACACCUGUGGCGGGGUAUGGUCAAGUGUCUCUAUCAGGGUGCAGACAAAUGACCCAAUAUGAGGAGUCCCAACCUGAUGCUGAUUAUGGGAUGAGUCCUGCUCUGUCUCGAACUGACAGUGGUGUGGGACGAUUAGUGAGCUUUAACUCAUUGGGGUCACUUUCAGCCACCUCUAGCAAUUAUAGCUCACUCAGUCUGAGAGAAGGAGAAAGAGAGGAGGAGAUUGGUGAGAUAAACGAUGGCUUUCUACCACACUGCAGCCCCCGACUUGUCCUGCAGCAAAGUCUUGAGGAGGUUGCUCCACUUCGAGAGUCCACUGACCUCCUGGAUAUCUCCAACUUUACACCUGACAAAUUCCGUCAUUCGUCACUAUCUGAGAUGUCCCCACCAGACACACCCAACUCUUCACCACAGCUUCUUGGGAAUUGUGGGAAAGUUGGAGAGUUCUCUGAGUCGAGAGAAACAAAUGUACAGUGGAGUUGUGGAGUUGUCCCGCAGCUUGAUCAAGAUGGAGGAGGAAACACGCACCUCCUUCAGAUACACUCUUUUAACACAGAGGAGGAAGAAGACGGGCUUAGGGAUCAGAAGGGUUCGACAAAGAAGGGUGGGAAAAAUGGACAAGGCGCUAAAAAAAACAAAACUUCUAAAAUAGUCAAAGGAGAAAAAGUAAAGCUCCCACGCCAGGGCUCUCGGUCUGUGCGGAAGAUAAAAGCCUUGCUGGAAGGAAAAGCAGCAAAACAUGGCGGAGGGUCAGGGAGCGGUGCCUCGUCCCCCACCCCAUCACUUGGAUUAAUUGGAGCUCAAGGGGAGUGGCCUAACAAUGGGGGACUGUCAAACGAUGACCAACGAGAAUUUCAGGAACCAUCAAACAUCCUGUCCAAUAUAGUGUCUGGCAUGGCUGAGGUACAGCGCUUCAUGAGGGCCUCUGUGGAACCACUUUGGGGGCCCUGCCUGUCACCAGGUCAACAUGCCCUCCAGAGCCAGACACUGAAGAUUCUCGGUAGUGCGGCUGACCUUAAAAAGCGGGGUGGUGCCUCGGGCGGGGGUAAAGGGAAGAAAGGGGGUGGUCGUGGUGCUAAAACACUGCCUAAACUUCUGCCACCAGGAUUCUUUCCUCCCCUUGGAUUGGACUGCCUCCCACUUCCACACCGUCCAGCCCACAAAAAAAUGUAUCGCCACAAAAGCAGCACUAAGUUUGCGCGUGAGGAACUCUUGGCAGGCAAAAGGGACAUAAAAGGAGUAGCAUUGACCGCUUUGGUAGAGAAACGGAGCUAUAACACUCUAUGUGUUAAAUCAGUGUCACAGCACCAAGCCCAGCCUGCUCUUUCUCUCAGAAAAUGGUUGCCUUCUGUUCAGAGGUCAAAAGUCUUGUGUAGUAUUUUGUGAUAAGAAUGAUUUCCCCUUUUUACUGUGCCAAACUCUCAGAACUUUGGGCUUUGACGUACUAAAAGAGGGAGGUUCAGAAACGUAUUGGUCUCAAAUGAGAUUUCUUCAUUAUCAUUGUUUGUUUAUAA